AUGGACAAGAGGCUGGAGCCGACGCAGGGUCAUUGCUACACAAACCCAUCGUUCUGCAGGCAAUCCGAGUGCAUACCCGAGGACAGCGAUUCUGCCGACCUGCCGCCUCCCCCGCAAUUUCAGGUUGAUGACCUACCACCACCACCAGCCCUACAGCCAGCCACACCACAGUACGGCCAAAGCAAUCCAGCUUUUCACGGCAGUCCAGAAGUUGACAUUGCAACGACUCAACCAGACCACAACCGGAGCAUCGCAGCUCUGAAUCGCACGACAACCAAUGCCGAGCGCUACUGUUACAUCGAGGAGCAGCAACCAUCGCCCCCAGCAUCCACGCCAAAACGCUACGGCAGUCUGCCCCUCGGCAAUGCGCGUGCCUACGCCUACAGAACUCACCGUUACGAGUACAUCCACGAUGAUGCGACCGUCCAGGUGCAAGUUGCGCAGCAGCAGCAGCAGCAGUUGCAUCAACAACAGCAACAACAACAACAACAGCAGAUGGCCGCUGUCGCCUCCAGCAACUCGUCCAGAUACGAAUACAUCGAACAGACGCAAACACCGCCGCCUCCAAGGCUGCUCACGACACCUUUGCGACAACAGGUGAUCUCGAGUGCGCCUAGCUCGAUCAGAGCAUCGGUCAGGUCCUACAGAAGCACCGACGCUCACUACACGAGCCUGGCUCCGGAUGGCGUCGCUCCUCACGAUCCCGCACAGUGGACCGAGGAUGACACUCAUGAUUGGAAUAACUCCAGAAGACAGAUCAACACGCCCAGAGGCCGUUACACGAGUCUGCCGAUGCAGGACGAGGAGCCGCCCAACUUACCGGAGCGCAACGCUCACGAAAUGCCCUCGCAGCACGUCAACGCCACCCUGGCCACGCAGAAGCUCCACGAGAUUUUGACCACUCCGAGAAAGCCGAGGACGCGCUCGCAGGGCGAUCCGCUUUCGCCGGUCAAUAGCCCGAAAGGACGAUAUCAGCUGCAACCUGCGAUACAUAAUGCCGCGCUCGUGCAGCGCAGCGCUUACACACCUGGGUGCUCGCCAUCAGGAGCAGGUCAGCGUGCGAUGAACUCGCCAGCGCAUCCACAGCAUCAGCAGCAGCAGCAGCAUCAAGCAACUCCGCAGAAUCGCGUGCUGUCGCCACGCGGGAGCAAAGGCCUGACGACCUCGACCCCUAACAAGGAGACACCGUCGGCUCGUCGCUGUCUGCCAUUGAACGAUCACCAGGCUUCCACGCCCACUCGUCGUUACGUCGACGAUAGUGGUAUACACUAUGGACGAACUGGAAUGCCGACUGGGCAACCGCACAGGCUACAAAUCGAAGAGGACGCGGUUAUCUACUCCGAAAAGAAGGCCGCUGGCUUUUAUCAGGGUCCCGAGGCUGCUUUCAUCGCACGCACAGCGGUAGUCCCACCGCUAUCGCCUCAAAUGAGCAGCGAUGCCAAUACCACACUGAUGAGCAAUACCGAAAAAUCAGACAGAAAAAAUGCACCGAUCAUCCUCGCUCUCGUUGGCAUUCUCACCUGUGGCUUAGCUAUCUAUUUAUCGUAUACACAAGGCCGAAGAUACUACUACGACAGCGCGAUAAGCUGCGGAGCCUGUUGCGCUUUGGCAGGUGUCUGUCGCAGCAUGCGUCGCACCUGGACCGGCCUGGGCUUGGCCGGCUUAUCAGCACUUAGUUGUGCUGGUCUUUUAUUACUAGCAGCCAAAUCACCACGACCAGGUACACCCAUUCACGACAUCACCGCCGGUGCCUUAUGCGGUGUGUCAUUGCUGGGUGCUGCUUUGGCUUUAUUGGCCCUUGUCGAACCUAGAUGCACGUUCGGUAGGCACAGGAGAGUUCAUUCGUGGAUACCAAGAUAUCAACCGUAAAAACAAGAUGUUUUUAUUUUAUUUUGUUGUAAUUAAUUGGU